AUGGAACUGGAAGUAAAACUGUCAUUACAGGGAGAUGUAAACUAUAAAAUAGAAAUUGAAAAUGACGUAUUAACUAAUGAGGAACAAAAUAACUGCCAGGAUAUUGAUAAUAAUAUAAGUGGAAUAGAAGAUAAUGAAGAAAUUGAGAAUGUCUUAUCAAGUAAGGAACUAAAUGAUUGUAAUUAUACUGUUAAUGAUAUUAAUGAGAUAGAAAUUGGAGAAGUAAUAGAAAAUGUCUUAACUAUUGAGGAACUUAAUGAUAUUAAUGAGAUAGAAAUUGGAGAAGUAAUAGAAAAUGUCUUAACUAUUGAGGAACUUAAUGAUAUUAAUGAGAUAGAAAUUGGAGAAGUAAUAGAAAAUGUCUUAACUACUGAGGAACUUAAUGAUAUUAAUGAGAUAGAAAUUGGAGAAGUCAUAGAAAAUGUCUUAACUACUGAGGAACUUAUUGAUAAGGAACUUAUUGAUUGUCAGUUUAUUGACAAUAAUAAUAUUCAUGUUCUGAGACCAUUUCACAGAGUACACAAACCAUUAAAGAGAUUAAACCUAACAAAAGGAGUUUAUCAAGUUGUUGGUACUGGUAAAGUUAAACCAGACCCCAAUAGGCUACAAAUGUUUUUGUACCUAAAAAUCCCCAGAAGACGAAAAAAAAGUCUUAAAGAAGUUUGUCAAGUUGUUGUUGGGGACUAA